AUGGCCAACGGCUGCGGCGGCGGCGAUCCGCUGCGUGAACUCUUCGAGGCCUGCAAGACCGGCGAUCUCGCCAAGGUGAAGGCGUUGGUCAACCCGAAGACGGUCAACGCCCGCGACACUGCCGGACGCAUCACCCCCCUGCACUUCGCAGCUGGAUAUGGUAGAAAGGACGUUGUAGAAUUCCUUCUGUCUGCCGGCGCGUCGAUCCAAGCGCGCGACGACGGUGGUCUACAUCCACUACACAACGCAUGUUCCUUUGGGCACUGCGACGUUGUGAGAUUACUGUUGGAGGCAGGAGCGAGUCCGAAUACGAGAGACAAUUGGAACUUCACGCCUCUGCACGAGGCGGCGAUCAAGGGUAAAAUAGACGUAUGUAUUACUCUGCUACAGCACGGAGCAGAUGUAAACAUUAGGAAUACAGAAGGAAAGACUGCGUUAGAAGUAGCGGAUAUCUCUACAAAACCGGUACUAACGGGAGAGUAUAGGAAAGAUGAGCUCUUAGAGGCGGCUAGAUCGGGAAAUGAGGAACGAUUGUUGCAGUUGCUAAAUCCUCUUAAUGUCAAUUGUCACGCCAGUGACGGAAGAAGAUCUACGCCUUUACAUUUGGCGGCUGGAUACAAUAGAUCCAGGGUUGUACAGAUUCUUCUUCAGAAUGGCGCAGAUGUGCAUGCCAAGGAUAAGGGAGGUCUCGUGCCACUUCAUAACGCUUGUUCGUACGGCCACUUUGAGGUAACCGAGGCGCUUCUGAAGCACGGUGCCGCCGUUAAUGCCAGUGACCUCUGGACAUUCACUCCGUUGCACGAGGCCGCGAGUAAGUCCAGAGCGGAGGUCUGUUCCUUGCUGUUGAGCGAAGGCGCGGACCCGACGCAAUUAAACUGCCAUAGUAAGAGCGCCAUCGACGUGGCACCGACCCUCGAAUUGCAAGAAAGACUAGCGUAUGAAUACAAGGGUCACUGUCUAUUGGACGCCUGCAGGCAGGCAGAUCUUGCUAAGCUUAAAAAGUAUCUGUCGCAAGAGAUCGUUAACUUCAAGCAUCCCUACACCGGCGACACACCGAUGCAUUGCGCAGUGGCGUCACCGUACCCGAAGCGGAAGCAAGUUAUCGAGGCCUUGAUACGAAAGAACGCUGCCAUGAACGAGAAGAAUAAAGACUUCCUCACGCCGCUUCACGUGGCGACCGAUCAUUCGCAUUACGACGCGAUGGACAUACUGCUGCGGCAUAAUGCGAAGGUCAACGCGCUCGACGGCUUGGGGCAGACCGCGCUGCACAGGUGCGCUAGAGAGGAUAACGUACAAGCUUGCAGAAUACUCUUGUCGUACAACAUCGACCCUUCGAUAGUGUCCCUUCAGGGAUACACCGCGGCACAAAUUUCCGCCGAGAACGUAUUGAAAAUAUUGCAAGAUCCGCCGAAUGGGACCGACGAUGUGGAGGCCCAGCUCUUGGAGGCGAGCAAGUCGGGCGAUCUUUCUGCGGUAGAGAGAAUCUUGCAGGCCAAUCCACAUGCUGUGAAUUGCCGCGAUUUGGACGGAAGGCACUCGACCCCGCUGCAUUUUGCAGCGGGUUUCAAUAGAGUGCCGGUUGUAGAGUACCUAUUAGCACACGGCGCAGAUGUGCAUGCCAAAGACAAAGGUGGAUUGGUUCCUCUCCACAACGCUUGCUCUUACGGCCACUACGAGGUUACGGAAUUACUAGUGAAACACGGGGCGUCCGUGAAUGUUGCCGAUCUAUGGAAAUUCACGCCGCUCCAUGAAGCCGCCGCCAAGGGCAAAUAUGAGAUAGUCCGAUUACUGCUGAGACACGGGGCGGAUGCCACCAAAAAGAACAGAGACGGCGCGACGCCAUUGGACUUGGUGAGAGACGGUGAUCAGGAUGUGGCGGAUCUCCUGCGUGGAAAUAGCGCACUUUUGGACGCGGCGAAGAAGGGCAAUUUGGCCAGAGUUCAGAGACUGGUCACGCAAGACAACAUUAAUUGCCGGGACGCACAAGGGCGCAAUAGUACUCCGUUACAUUUAGCCGCGGGCUACAAUAACCUGGAAGUGGCUGAAUUCUUGCUCGAACGUGGAGCCGACGUAAACGCGCAAGAUAAAGGCGGCCUUAUCCCUCUGCAUAACGCGUCGAGUUACGGUCACUUGGACAUCGCGGCCUUGCUCAUUAAAUACAACACUGUGGUAAAUGCGACCGACAAGUGGGGAUUCACGCCGCUUCAUGAGGCCGCGCAGAAGGGUCGGACGCAGCUGUGCGCCCUUCUGCUCGCUCACGGCGCCGAUCCUUUUUUGAAAAAUCAGGAAGGACAGACGCCGGUGGAUUUGGCCAGCGCGGACGACGUGAGAUGUUUACUGCAAGAUGCUAUGGCUUCGCAGCAAAUCGUUCCAUCCGUGCCGUCGGGCAACAUGAGCAGCGCCGGCAAUACUAUUAACAGUAGACCACCUAGUAUCGUAUCCGUUCCUGUUACACCGCCGCCGCCCCUCACUCAAGAAACAGUUAUUAUGCCAUCUGGCGCAGCCAUGACUCUAUGCGUGCCACUGGCUCGCCCGACGUCGUGCCUGAGUCCAAUGCCAUCGAGCGAGCCGUGCUCCGAGAAAGAGUCCAAAGAUUUAUGUAAAGAACACAACGGUACCAUCACGACCGUCGCUGGUUUCCUGCAGAGCCUCGGUUUGGAGCAUCUGCUCGAGCUGUUCGAACGCGAGCAAAUCACUUUGGACAUAUUGGCGGAAAUGGGUCACGAGGAUUUGAAGCAAGUCGGAGUGUCGGCUUACGGCUAUAGACACAAGUUAAUCAAAGGCAUGGAUAAGCUGCUGAAUACAGCGGCGGGCUCGCUCUGGCAGCCCUCCAUUAAUCCGGGGACGUUAUUAGUAGACUUAUUAGCGGAAGACAAAGAAUUUUUAGCUGUCGAAGAGGAGAUGCAAAGUACCAUUAGGCAACAUAGGGAUAACGGUCAUUCUGGUGGUAUCUUCUCUCGAUACAAUAUAGUUAGAAUACAAAAGGUUCAGAAUCGCAAGUUGUGGGAGCGCUAUGCUCACAGAAGGCAAGAAGUAGCCGAAGAAGUCGGUGCUGCCGCACCCGCUUCUCCUAGUACCGGACCAAGGGGCACUCCGAGUUCGACGGUGUCACAGGCGAACGAGAGAAUGUUGUUCCACGGCAGUCCGUUUAUCAAUGCCAUUGUUCAGAAGGGCUUCGACGAGCGGCACGCGUACAUCGGCGGAAUGUUCGGCGCCGGCAUAUAUUUCGCGGAGCACAGCAGCAAGAGCAAUCAAUACGUGUACGGUAUAUGCGGCGGUACCGGAUGCCCCGCGCAUAAAGACCGAAGCUGUUACAUUUGCCACAGACACUUACUGCUCUGUAGAGUUACGCUCGGCAAGUCGUUUCUACAAUUUUCGGCAAUGAAAAUGGCACAUGCCCCGCCCGGUCAUCAUAGCGUAAUGGGCAGGCCGUCGCAGGGCGGUCUGGUGUUCCCCGAAUACGUUGUCUACAGGGGCGAGCAGGCAUAUCCGGAGUAUCUCAUCACGUACCAAAUCGCGAGGCCACAGCAGGAAAGCGGCGGCAGCGACGGCGUUGAGGAACGGUGAUCGGAAGAGCCGGGCCCCGCGGCGCGAUUACGCAGCCUCUGCUGCUGUCAGAGGCCGAGGGCAUGCGGCGCAUUGUCGCGGACAUAGAAAUUGAAAACUGUUUCGAGAUUCGUCUAGAUAACAUCAGUUCUUCCAUUUUUAACUGACUAAAAGAGAAUUUGCGAAAGUAACGGUGUGUAUGUGUGCGUGUCAUGUGUGAUCGAAAUAUGCAGAAUAUUUUAUUCCAAAAUAAUAUCCAGUCUUACUGAAAAGGAAAAUGACCAUUGUAAUAGCUUAUUUCUAGCAUUUAAAUCCGAUAUUCGAGAGCAAUCUAAUUCCGUCAGAUGAUGGAAAGAGAUGUAUAUUAAUUGUGAUGUAUAUAUUAAUACAAAAAACAGUGUGCGUCUCUUACAUCAAAUUUGAUAUGUCGACUAGAGCGUGUUGCUAGGAUUAGUCAGUAUUAAAGGAAGUUACAAUUAACGCUCGUAUACAUUUGUAUACGUAUGAAAAAGAUUAAUACAUGCUUCAAUUUGAAAAGAGGUAAAGGCGAAAGCAAAUUUCGAUCUUGAAAGUUAUACAAAAUCAUCGAAGGAAGGAUGUAAUUUACUCACCGUCUCUCACGAACAUAUAGUAGUAGCUUGUAUAAAUUAAAUUUAUCUAUUUCAUAUGUACAUUAUAGGUAAAGUCUGCAAUGUGAUGAAAUAUAUAUAUUUAUAUGUACAAACGUAAAUGUUUUUUUUUUCUAAUACGGAAUAAUAUAUUUUACAAUUAUUAUAUUUUUCUACAUUAUGAAUGAUUUUAUGGUUGCAUCUUGAUAACCGUAACUCUGCUGAGAGAAGUACAUUUGUAUUAUACGCAUUACUUUUCAUGUGGUACACGAAGUUUUUUUUUUAUUUAAUUAUUGAUGCAAAUAAAGAUCUUUUGCAUUUCGGACUUUACUUGCAAUGUGUAUAAGCUUGUAACUUCGGUAUUACAAUAUGUAAAUAAUUUAAUUACCUACUCCCUUAUAGUUCGUAAACAUAAUCAAUGGGGUUCCUAUAAUUCGAUAGCUUUCAAACACUGUAUAGUCUUUUUUUACCAAGAUGAUAUAAUAGCUAUUUUAUUAAUGUCUAUCUGUUUUCGGGAAAGGAAGAUAUUCGGGAGAUGUUGACGAAUCGCUAGUGAAAAAA